AUGGGUAAUUCAGAAGCUGAACGUGCCGUACAGACUGUCAAACGUCUGCUGAACGCGUGUGAUGAUCCGUAUCUCGCUUUGUUGACAUAUCGGGCUACUCCGUUGCAAAAUGGGCUUUCGCCAAGUCAGUUGUUAUUCGGGCGUCAGAUUAAAACUACACUCCCUCAAGCGCCACAAAAGCUUGACCCGAAACCGGUAAAUUCUAGAGAGAUACAGCAGAAAGAAAAGAAUUACCGUAAUUACUCCAAAGAAAAUUACGACAGGUCUAGACGCGCUCAGUACCUUCCUCCACUGAAGCAAGGGGAUGGGGUAUUUGUGAAAGACAUGAAUAUUGAGGGUAAAAUAAUAAAAGAAGAUUCACGACCGAGAUCAUUUGUUGUAGAAACUCCUAAAAGUAUUAUUUCAAGAAAUCGUAGACAUUUAAUUAAACUGAACAAAACAGUAAGCUUUGAUAAAGAAAUUGAUAUCCCAUUCCAGUCACCAGUGUCUAACGAACAAUCAGACUCGCAACUGUCUCCUAAUCAAAACACAUCAAAUGCUGAAAGUUCAAACAGUGUUGUUACAAGGUCUGGGAGAAUUUCCAAACCGCCAGAUCGUUUAAACUUGUAA